GCAAUGGCUAGCGGCGGCAGCUGGUUAGGCUUCUCCCUUUCCCCUCACAUGGGAAUGGAGGUGCCCUCCUCUUCCGAAACCGACCACGCUCAGCCUCCGCCGCCUGCUAGCGCUAGUGCGAUGUCCGGUUCUCACAGCAACGCCGCGACCUGCAACUUCCUCUUCUCCCCUCCUGCGCAAAUGGCCGCUCCCCCUCCUGGAUACUACUACGUCGGCGGCGCCUAUGGUGAUGGCACCAGCACUGCCGGCGUCUACUACUCUCACCACCCCGGCAUGCCCAUCACAUCCGAUGGCUCACUGUGCAUCAUGGAAGGCAUGAUGCCGUCGUCCUCGCCGAAGCUCGAGGACUUCUUGGGCGGCGGCAAUGGCGAUGGCCACGACACGGCAACCUACUACAGCAACCAGCAGCAGGGCCAACAAGAGGAGGCAAUGAGCAGGAGUUACCAGCAGCACCAUCAGCAGCUAGCCCCCUACAACUUCCAGGAUUUGACGGAAGCAGAGGCGAUGUACCAAGAGGCCACGGCGCCGAUGGAUGAGGCAAUGGCCGCGGCCAAGAACCACCUCGUCAACAACUAUGGCGCCUCUUGCUACAGCAACGCGGGUAUGCAGCCGCUGAGCCUGUCCAUGAGCCCAGGGUCCCAGUCCAGCAGUUGCGUCAGCGCAGCUCCGCAGCAGCAGCAUCAGAUGGCCGUGGUCGCUGCUGCCGCUGCUUCCCAGGGAGGCAGUAAUGGCGGUGGGGAGUUGCAGUGUGUGGGGAAGAAGAGGGGCACGGGUAAGGGAAGCCAAAAGCAGCCCGUGCACCGCAAGUCCAUUGACACGUUUGGGCAGAGGACCUCCCAGUAUAGGGGCGUCACCAGGCACAGGUGGACUGGGAGAUAUGAAGCCCACCUGUGGGACAACAGUUGCAAAAAGGAUGGGCAGACAAGGAAAGGGAGACAAGUUUAUCUAGGUGGUUAUGACAAUGAAGACAAGGCUGCCAGGGCUUAUGAUCUGGCCGCUCUGAAAUAUUGGGGGACAUCAACGCACACCAAUUUCCCGCUAGAAAAUUAUCGACAGGAGGUCGAGGAGAUGAAAAGCAUGACAAGGCAGGAAUUUGUUGCACACUUGAGAAGGCGAAGCAGUGGGUUUUCUCGUGGUGCUUCGAUCUACCGAGGAGUAACGAGGCAUCAUCAACAUGGAAGGUGGCAAGCUCGGAUUGGCAGGGUUGCUGGGAACAAAGACUUGUAUCUCGGCACAUUCACUACUCAAGAAGAAGCAGCUGAGGCCUAUGACGUAGCGGCUAUCAAAUUCCGCGGCUUGAACGCUGUGACGAACUUCGACAUAACCAGGUACGAUGUCGACAAGAUCAUGGAAAGCAGCUCCCUGCUGCCUGGGGACGAAGCUCGUAAGGUUAAGGCGGUCGAACCAGCACCUGCCUUGAACAAUGGCGGCAGGGAGCUCAACCCUGCCGAAGGAAACUCCACGGACACCGGCGUCUGGAGGAUGGUGCUCCAUGGAACACCGCAGGAAGCUGCAGCGUGCACCGAAGUGACCGACCUCCGGAAGGCCACCAUGGGUGACCCUCGCUCGUCCCUGCACAGCAUUGCCGGGUUCGACGUCGAGUCUGCGGCGCCGGCGCAUGACAUCGACGCGUCGGGCAAGACCAGCGGCGGCGUCAACUACUCCAACUCGUCUUCCCUGGUGACCAGCCUCAGCAACUCGAGGGAGGGGAGCCCCGAGCGGUUGAGCCUCGCCAUGCUUUACGCCAGGCAUCCCAACGCCGUCAGCCUUGCCACCAUGAGCCCCUGGAUGGCCAUGCCGGCACCAAGCACCACGCACGCGUUGAUGACCCCGAAUUCCAUCCCUCAAAUGCCGGUAUAUGCUGCCUGGACCGAUGCAUAG